UUAAUUUAUUUGUAAACUGUUUAAUUCAAUUUUAAAAUGAUGGCUAAAUCACAUAAAAAUCAUAUUCAGAGUUUCAGAACCACAAUUUCGAUUUGAUUUGGCCACUUGAUAACACUUCUUCUUUUCAAUUUUUAUUCAUGUUUUUGUUUUAAAAUUCAUAAUCUACCAUAGCCUUAAUAAACUCAAAAUUAGUCACCCACUGUUCUUCUCUUCGAUCUCCCCUGCUAAUACUCAUCGGAUUAGAGUGCGUCCUGCUGGUCAAUGGCCAUGGAAGAAGAAACCGCACUGGUUGUUGGAAGCUCUUCACCAACUCAUACUUUGAAUCACAAAAGAGAUAUUCAUAUUCUCAGCUGGGCUUUCCUUCUGAUUUUCUUGGCUUAUGGUGCUGUCCAAAACUUAGAAAGUACCAUCAAUACUGAAGGAGAUUUGGGUACCAUAUCGCUGGGGAUAUUAUAUGUAUCGUUUGCAGUUUUUUCGGUGGUUGCUUCAUUGGUGGUGAGGAAUCUUGGGACGAAGAACGCUUUGAUUCUUGGUUCCACCGGAUAUUGGCUGUUCAUUGCUGCAAAUUUGGUGCCCACUUGGUAUACUAUGGUUCCGGCUUCUUUGUUCCUUGGGUUUGCAUCUUCAUUAAUAUGGGUUGGGCAGGGGACGUAUCUUACUUCAACCGCACGUAGUCAUGCAAAUGACUAUGAAUUACAUGAAGGAGCGGUGAUUGGAAAGUUUAAUGGAGAGUUCUGGGGGAUGUUUGCAUGUCACCAGCUCGUUGGCAAUCUUAUCACUCUUGCUUUGUUAAGAGAUGGAAAGGGAGGGAAAACCACAGGCACAACUUUUCUUUUUGUUAUGUUUCUCUGUAGCUCGACCAUAGGUUCAAUUCUUAUGUGCUUCUUGAGUAAAAGAAAUGAUAAAGAGGGGGAACUGCAAGAUUCGUCUGCCACCUUUUUUUCUGCAGUUGUAUCUCUGUUAAAGACUAUUUUGGCUCUAUUACUCGACAUUAGAAUCCUCUUGGUCAUCCCCCUUCUUGCAUACUCAGGCUUACAACAAGCAUUUGUAUGGGCGGAGUAUACCAAAUAUCUUAUCAAGCCUACACUUGGCGAGCGUGGUGUUGGCGGUGCCAUGGCUGUUUAUGGGGUCUUUGAUGCUAUUUGUUCGGUCGCAGCUGGUCGACUUACCUCUGGUCUGUCGUCAAUUACAUUAAUAGUUUCUCUUGGAGCUUUCAUUCAGGCCAUUGUCUUGUGUUUGCUCCUGCUGAACUACAGUAUCUCUGGAGGAUUGCUCGGUACAUUAUACCUACUACUCAUCGGCGGCAUGUGGGGCAUAGGUGAUGGUGUGUUGAACACGCAGCUAAGUGCUUUUCUUGGAAUUCUCUUCAAGCAUGACCUGGAGGGAGCAUUUGCACAGCUUAAGCUUUGGCAAAGCAUUUCAAUUGCAGUUGUCUACUUUUUGAGUUCAUAUAUUUCAUUUCAGACUAUGGUUGUGAUAAUGCUCGCUGCACUCUGCAUCUCAGUCGCGGGUUUUCUUUUUCUCACACUUCAGAUGGAGAAAGUAUUUUCCCAACGUGCUUCUUGAACAUUGCAAAAUGAGAUGACUGCUGCAUCUUGCUGCUUGAGGUUUGAUGUUAUCCAUUUUAAUUUCAUUUUGGCCAACCCUUUCUUUCGAUGUGUUGAACCGAUAUCACAUCACUCUUAUGCACUGGCAAACAGACAAUUUAUGUGCUUUUAGCUGCAUUAACCAUCUUGAUGCUAAGGUCCCAUAGUCUCUCUCUU